AUGUAUAUAAAUGUGAGUUUUAGAGUAUGCAACUAUCUCCAUAUUCUAGCUACUGACGGGCACAAUAACAGUAACAUUAAACCAGGUGAGGGCAGUAGGAGCUUUAGAGAGUGGUGUAAUAUUUGGAUGGAAAAGAUCAAGGAACCAAAACGGUGGGACAUGUUUUGGUUUCUGGCGUGGGGUAUUUGGUUGAAAAGAAAGGGGUGGGUUUUUGAAGGAAAGGGUAAAGAUGAUGCUGUAAUUAUUCACAAAGUUGCUGGGUUGAUUGGGGAGUAUGAGGAUGCGCUGGAGAGAGCUGUAAAUGUUAACCCCAUUCAACAUCUUGGGUCUAUAUGGAAGUCACCUGAAGUUGGAUGGUAUAAACUGAAUUUGGAUGCUGCUGUUUUUGGGCUGCAGCAGUUGGGAAUUGGGGGGGGGGGGUAUUGCGUUACAAUAGUGGAGAUGUAA